ACAUGUCAGUAUGAGAUAGCAUCACUGAAUAGCUGUAUAUAAGGGGAAGAACUUACGAAGUUUCUGAGCGAAAAGUUACUCUAAAAGGAGACGCGUAAAGAUGAAUACUCCACUUGACACGUUUUUUGUUUUGGGGUCGGUGUUGGUGGCCUUAGCACACGGAGAAUCUGGCCAAAUACACUGGUGUUAUAAUAAUGCAUCAUGCAAUGAAAAUGUCUGGGUCUCAAAACCACUGGGCUUCUGUAAUGGAACACGGCAAUCACCCCUCAAUAUCAACACCACCAGUGUUAAAGGGAACUCAAGUCUGAUAGCCUUCAACUUCACUGGCUUUAGUAACAAUAGCACUAUGACGACAAUAGAGAAUUCAGGCCAUACAGUGAAGGUGACAUUUGGAGACGGGCUUGUGAAGAUCAGCGGUGGGGGGCUCCCCGGGACCUACGAUGUCCAACAGUUCCAUCUGCACUGGGGCAAUGGCAGUGAUGUUCCAGGAUCAGAACACACCGUGGAUGGCAAGCACUACCCCAUGGAGAUACAUAUCGUGACUAUGAAGUCUGAAUUCAAAGGCAACAUGACCCUUGCCGUCACAGACUCGAAUGGUCUGGCAGUUUUGGGCUUCUUAAUAGAGAAAAAAAAUGACAGCUCCCUGCCACAGAGCUGGAAAAUCUUAACAUCAUACCUGCCCAAUAUUACAAACAGUGGCCAAAAGGUAAACAUUACUCAGCAAUUUUCACUCGAUGAUCUCCUGGUGGGGGUGGACCGUACAAAGUAUUACCGUUAUUUGGGCUCCCUGACUACCCCCACUUGCGACGAGGUUGUGAUUUGGACUGUAUUCAAGGAUCCAGUCAAAGUUAGCAAGAAUUUGAUUGACCUUUUCAGCACGUCGCUGUACACCUCUGACCCCGUGCUGAUGACCAAUAUCUACCGAAGUACCCAGAAGCCCAAUGGCAGAAGUAUCACGACCCAGGCUUCAGCUUCAUCACCAUUAAUGACUGAAGCCAGACUUUUCCUUCUGCCCCUGGUCGUGCUACAUGUUCUCCUCUGGGAGACUAUGAUGUCAAUGUGAUUUUCAUUUUUAUAAUAUGGGA